GUGACUUCACUGUACAUGAUUUCCCAAUGUUGCCCCCAAAGGUAGCGGCAUGGGCCACCUUUUGGCUGACGGCAGGUCUCAGCGCUAGCUGGACGAGUAGAGUUGCGGGCCAGGCGUGCGUCGGCGUGCAGGACGCUCUAGGGCUGCAAAGCGCCGCUAGCAACCUGGCAGGGGAUGCAGUUGUUAACAUUUGCAACGACAUUGCACUUUCUGCCACCAUCUCAAUUGCGCGGCCCAUCACGCUGGUGGGGCAAUGCCCUUCCCCUGGCUGCCGCAUCUACCCCGCACCAUCCUCCAGUAGCACCAGGUUCCGACUCUUUGACGCUAAUGCUAACGGGACUGUUACAUUCCGAAAUCUGUGGCUGGACAAAGGCGAUAUCUCCAACUUGGCCACCCAUGCAUACGGCGGCGCGAUCAACGCGCGGACGUCCACAUACCUGGUGGCCGAUACCGUGCUAUUCACCAACAACCGUGAGUCGUCCGGAGGUGCGAUCUACUACCUGGGAAACGCUACCAUCAACUCAUGUACCUUUGUGAACAACAGCGCAAUCUACUCCGGAGGAGCCCUGUACGCCGAAGGGACAGCAAUGGAAGUCAGGAAUUCCAACUUCACGCAGAACAGCGCGGUCUAUGGCGGGGCUAUCAGGGUGUAUUCCCCGUACGACUCCUCCGGCCCCUUCAUUGUCAAGAACGCCAUCCGCGGGUCCCUCUUCCUGUACAACCAUGCGUCAUACGGCGGGGCGGUCUACGUGAGUUCGGGAACGAACAACGUCACUAUUGCCGGCAACACCUUCGCCAACAACACGGCCUACUCGAACGGCGGGGCCGUGAACGACGCUGGCGGUUACUUGACGCUCCUCAGCGGCAACAGCUUCAUCCAGAACUACGCGCCGGAUGGGGGCGCUGUAUCUUUAUAUGACAGCUAUGCGAUUUUUGCCAGCCCCAACGUGUUCAUCCGCAACAGCGCAGACUCUGUGCCUCAGGGGCCUGGAAUCAGGUUAUCUUAUGGGACGACCAAUUUUUGCCCAAGCGAGCCCGUCGGGAUAGUCACAGUCCUGUUUGGGGGGGUGGUGAAUUCGGGCUGCGCCUUCGCCAAUUGCGGCGCGAACAACCCGUGCGACCCCACUGCCACGUGUACUCUUUCCGGGGGAGUUCCCGUCUGCACGUGCCCUGCUGGCGUCAGCGGCAGCGGCUGGCUGUGCGAGAACCGGGACGCCGGCCUGCUUGCGGUCGGCGCCAGCAACAAUUUCACUGUCCCGCCAUUUGUCAACCUGACUGCUGGCUCCGGAGCUUCACCCUCCCAAUACGCCGUGACCGUGAGCGGACCCCCCCCGGCCGGAACCACUUCCCCCGCCGCCGCCGUUGCCGCGGCUGAAGAAAGCUCGUCGACCGGGCUGAUUGCCGGGCUCGCCGGGGCGGGAGUCGGGGCGGUGGUCUUGCUCGGGGUGAUAGUCGGGUGUCUCGUGUACCGAAAAAAGAAGCGCGCGCACCAUUUGCCGGUGGUCAAGGGUGACGUGGACGACGGAGGGGCCAAGAUGAGCGCCGACAAGAGCGCCGUGGACAGAACUGCGAGCACAGUGUCGACUGCGGAGGCGGACGCAGACGAGGCGCUUGGGUCUUCGUGGCGGCGCUUCACUUACUCGGAGCUCAAGGAGGCGACCGGGGGUUUCGCCCCGAGCGCACUUCUGGGGGAGGGCGCCUACGGGAAGGUUUACGUGGCAACCCUGGCUAAUGGCUCGCAGGUGGCAGUCAAGCAGCUCAAAUCCGGGAACCAAGUGCCUGGGCGAGCUGGGCACGCUCGGCCGCGCGCGCACCGCAACCUGGGCCUGGGCGAGCGCGAGUUUCUAGGCGAGCUGGGCACGCUGGGCCGCGUGCGUCACCGCAAUCUGGUUGCGCUGCGUGGCUACUGCAUCACGCCUGACGCGUGCUUCCUCGUCCUCGACUACGCUCCCAACGGGAACCUCGAUGCCGCGCUGCGCAGCACUUCUUCGCCCCCCCUGGACUGGGAGACACGUGUCAACAUCGCGUGGGGCGCGGCGCGCGGGCUGUCGUAUUUACACAACGACACGGAGCCGUCGAUUCUGCACCGCGACAUCAAGCCCGCCAACAUCCUGCUGGACGCCAAGAUGCAGGCGCAGGUCGCCGACUUUGGGCUGGCGAAGCUGCUGGAGGAGGGCGACAGCCACCUCAGCACGCACCUGCGCGGCACAUACGGCUACGUCGCACCAGAGUACGCGCUCAACGGGCAGGUGACGAAGCGGAGUGACGUGUACAGCUUCGGCGUGGUGCUGCUGGAGAUUCUGACGGGCUACCGGGCGCUCGAGCUGACGCCCGAGGGCAACCGCAAGAACCUAGUGGACGCCGUGACGCGAACCGCCCACAAGACGCCGGGGCGCCAGCAGCCGCUGGUAAUAAUGGACCCCCGGCUGGAAAAGCAGUUCUCCACUUCCGCGGCGCUCCGCAUGAUCACGCUGGCUCUCGCGUGCUGCGCGAGUGAGGACUCCCGCCGGCCCGACAUGGCCGACGUCCUGUACGAGCUGGAGAGUCUUUCCAGGGGGGAGCCUGGGCCCGGGUUCCGGAUCCCCCAGACCGAGCCGGCGGACGACGGCUCGGGUGACUGGUUCGGGCCGGUGCGGACUGGGAGCCUUGGGAUGCAGUCAGGGAGUACGGCGCAGUCGAGCGUCCCGAGCCAUUCCACGUGGAGCGAGAUGAGUGGCGUCAGCAGGAGCGAGGGGCAUCAGAUGAGCAUAGCGUAUCAGAUGUCCAUGCUGAGUCAGGGCCGGUAG